GCCGUCUCUGUCGCCGCCGGUGCUGGAGGUCGCCGAUCCUUAGGCCUUCCGGGCGGGCCUGGCUGCGGCCUUGUGCAGAUGGCGCCUUGUGCAGAUGCCGCCUGCGCCGAUCCUCGUGGGCCGGGGAGGAGGGAAACGCGGAGGCUGCUCUGGUGCUUACACGCGGCCGCCGUGUCCUCCGGAACGCUUUCUUCGUUUCGGGAUCCUUUGGGGACCGUGCUGCCAGGGUUAGGCUAUGAGUGGUUGCAUGGCGGGAUGGAAGCGGGAUUCCUGUGCCCUGAUGUGCAGCGUGGACCAAGCGGUGCUGCGUGCUGUGGGGACUCGGGAGGGCAGCUUACCAGAAUCCAAAUGGCUCUCUUGCACAGGCAGUUGGGAUUUUCCUUAAGCCAUCUGAGCAACGCAGUCAUCCAGCGACACCUCAGUGUCAGUGGAGCAUGCCGAGCAAUACAGAAACUCACUCGCGUGCGAGUGGUGGACAACAGUGCCUUGGGAAACGCGCCCUACCACCGGCCACCAAAGUGUAUCCACGUGUAUAACAAGACUGGAGUUGGCAAAGUAGGAGAUAAGAUCCUUCUGGCUAUCAAAGGAGAAAAGAAGAAGGCUUUGAUUGUAGGACACAAGAUGCCUGGUCCUCACAUGACGCCUAGGUUUGAUUCUAACAAUGUGGUGCUCAUAGAAGACAACGGAAAUCCGUUAGGAACUAGAAUAAAAACACCCAUACCCUAUAUCCUGCGGCAGAGAGAAGGAGAGUUCUCCAAAGUUUUGGCCAUUGCCCGCAACUUUGUGUGAGAGUUAAAGAUUUCUGGCAAUCCUGUUCAUACCCUUUCCUACAGUACCUGUUCCUUGGUCCUUUUCUAGAAAAAGGUGAAACACGCAGAAGUUGAGGUUAAUUAAGAGUCUCCUUUCCUGUUUAUGACAUACAAACAGCUAAUUUAAAUUCUGAAAUGCCUUUUUUUUUUCUCCAGAAGAGAAAACAGCAUGUUUGGGAAAUGGUAUACUAACACUGCUCUGCUGAUGUUACUUUGGUCUCCAGUUAUUAAAGUAAGAAGAUGAAAAUCCGUAUUGUUUUGUACUGCUUAUGCUCUGUUUUCCCUAUUUCGACUGUUCACAGUUCUGCUGGAGCAAGACACAAAGCCCAGUCCCUGGCCUGAUGGUUCUGGGAUGUACAAAAUGGAUUCACUUAUAAUAAAGUAGGAGAGAUGAGA